AUCAUUUUUAUCUGUUACGACGGAAUUUCUGUUAUCGUCCCUCGCAUGUCUCAUUUCUCGGGAGACCAUUUUACGAGCCGAGCCAUGGCGAGUCCCGGUUCCCUGGCAGACCUGGCAAGCCUCUUCGAAUGUCCGGUCUGCUUCCACUACAUUCUCCCCCCGAUCCAACAAUGCGAGAACGGACACCUCGCGUGUCCAACGUGCACUCCCAUCCUCACUUCCUGCCUCAUCUGCAGGGGUCAAAUCGGAAACAUCCGGAACCUGGCCAUGGACAAAGUGGCCAGCACCGUGCUGUUCCCCUGCAAGUACACCCCCUCCGGCUGCACCGUCACCCUCCCCCACACCGAGAAGACCGACCACGAGGGCAGCUGCGAGUUCCGACCUUACUCCUGCCCCUGCCCCGGCUCGUCCUGCAGGUGGCAGGGCUCCCUCGAGCACGUCUUGUCUCAUCUGCAUCGCGUUCACAAGUCCAUCACCACCCUUCAAGGAGAAGACAUAAUAUUUUUGGCAACCGACUUCAACCUCCCCGGAUCGGUGGACUGGGUCAUGAUGCAAUCCUGCUUCCGACACCAUUUCAUGCUGAUCCUCGAGAAACAAGAGAAUGGUGGAUUCCAGCAGUUCUUUGCCAUCGUUCAGCUAAUAGGUUCCAGAAAACAGGCCGAAAGGUUUGCCUACAGGUAAG